CCGUCGUCACCACCACCACCACCACCACCGCCACCCCCGUCGUCACCACCACCACCACCACCACCGCCUCCGUGCUGCUCUCCCCCACCCCUGCAUAACUCAGCCUCUCUGUAUCGGAGAAGUCGUAUUCGGGUUCCCGCGCGGGCUCGGGUCGCAGGCAUGGCUGACGGUGGCGGCGGCGGGGGCACGGGCGCAGUGGGCGGUGGCGGAGCAGGCCAGUCUUCGGCGGGGACAGCGACCGGCGCAACGGGGGCCGGCGGGAGCGGCGGUCCCAUCAACCCGGCCUCGCUGCCUCCCGGCGAUCCGCAGCUCAUCGCUCUCAUCGUGGAGCAGCUCAAGAGCCGGGGCCUGUUCGACAGCUUCCGCCGGGACUGCCUGGCCGACGUGGACACCAAGCCAGCUUACCAAAACCUGAGGCAGAAAGUGGAUAAUUUCGUUUCAACACAUCUGGACAAACAGGAAUGGAAUCCAACAAUGAACAAGAAUCAAUUGCGAAAUGGUCUGAGGCAAAGUGUGGUUCAGUCAGGGAUGUUGGAAGCAGGAGUGGACAGGAUUAUUUCUCAGGUGGUGGAUCCAAAACUAAACCAUAUCUUCAGGCCACAGAUAGAGCGAGCAAUUCAUGAGUUCCUGGCAGCCCAGAAAAAAGAAGCUGUGCCAGCACCACCUCUGGAGCCUGAAAGCCAGGAUCCUCCAGCUCCAUCCCAGGAUGCUUCAUAAGAAUAUGUCUGAUGCCUUUCGAAUGCUCCAUUUAUUUAUUGGUGAAGAAAUGGAUUCCUGUUUCAUAAGAGUACUUCGGCCAGCCAGGGUCACCACUGAUGUCAGGAUUUUGGCCUUGACUUUAGGGCAGUGUUUAUAUUGAACAAGGAGCAAAUUUGGUAAUGGGACAGUUGCACGUGUGUGCCCCUUCGUUGCACUGCCACUUGGCCCAGCCUGUCCAGGUGUAACACCCAAUAGACACUACAGAAGUAUCGACACUACAGCAACCUGGGAUUGUCCUGAAACAAACAUUUAUACUUGAACGUGAUGACUGUACGUGGAUUUAUGGUCCGUGCUCUGGGAUAAACAGAAACUACACUGAAAGAACUUAACCAGUUCCAAAGGUAAUUUCCAAAAAUAAGGACAGUUUGAUCAGUGGGAAUAGGUACUUGACAGUGCUUUUGAUACUGUGUCUGAGUUACAAACAGGAAUGUACACGCCGUUAACAUCAGAUAACCUUAAAGUUGUGGCCUUCUUGUAUGUGGGUCUUCUAGUCAGUUUCCUUUCCCUUCUCAGAGGUGACAAAACAUGGAGCCUUAGAGAGAAUGAGGGAACUCUGACAUUGUAUUAAAACCACUGUAGCUUCCUGUCCAGGGCUGCUUUCUGUCCUGCAAGGGCUAGUGAGUCUGGGAUGUGUUUGUUCUAUUCUCAUGUUUGUGUUUUUUAGAAAACUGAAGGAUCAAUAAAUGGCAUUUUAUAAUAAAAUCGCACUACUUUUUCUCUGAGGCUUCAAGUGAAUCGUUAAAUCUGUGAAGGAGCCCCUUUUCCCCUGCUUGUGACUCUCUGGUCUAACUCAGAACUGCUCUCUCAAGCUGUUAGAUGCAGCUAGUUGGUGGGGGGCCUGUAAGCAGUGCCUUUCCCCCAGGAAUUAUUACUGAUACUGGUCAUCAGCAGAGGGCAGUAUGUUUUGUCAGCAUUUCUCAGACUUCGGUGUGCGCAAGGAUCACCUAGGAUCUUAGAAAGAUGUAUGUUCUGAUUCAGAAGUUCUGGGCUGGAGCCUAAGAGUUUGUCCUUCUCACAAGUUCUCCUGAUGAUGCUGAUGCUGUAUGCCUCCACUGCACUUUCUAGUGAGCCUUGGACAACAUCAAAGAUUUUUUCAGACUAAUAUUCCUUGGAUUGUAAUUGAGUCUGUAUUGAAUAUUGCUGAUGUGCUUAGUUUAUUGUUUUGAGGGCUUGGGGUUUGGGUUUUUUGUUUGUUUUGUUUUUUUCAGCGGAGGGGCGGGGAGUGGUGCUGGGAAUCAGUGAGCUCACGCUCUGCGGUUGUGCUGCACCCCGUGCCCUAAUCUGAUGAACUUUAACCCUUUAGUUGAAUCCACGUUAAAAUGAAGGUUCCACUUCCACAUUUAGUAUAAAUACCCCUAAGUGGUGACUGCUGUGCCAAGAAUUCAGCAAGUUGUUUUUGCAGCAUGACCUCAUUUUAAAGCAAGCUAGCCAUACCAUCAUGGCAGACAACAAUGACAUCUGAGCUAUAGUCUGUUUUUCCAUCUCCUGGUGGAUGUAAUUCCAUUUCUAGCUGAAACACGUUGUUGGCCUUUUUUAGCUACAGGACUCCACAACCAAAGCUCUCCGACUCUACUGAUAGGUAAAUACGAGUGGCCGGCCUACCCGUUCUACUUUUGCAGAGCUGCUUAGACUGAGGUCUUCAAGAUUACAGACCUUCAAGACUACAACUCGGUUGCUCCUUUCCCAUGAGACAUCUCUCUAGGAGGGAGGUUGCUGUGUACAGCUAUUUCCAGUCAACCCUCCCAGCAUCUUGCUUGUCCAACACUGACCUCAAUUCAACAAGAAAGAGGUGUGAAGUGCUGGUGGCUCAUGCCUGUAAACCUAGCUAUUGAGGAGGCAGAG